GUUUGAUGAGUUCUCCAGAUCCGUGUUAUCUUUCCUGUGUUGUGCCAAAUCACAUUCCAGCUCUUCCCAUACCUCAAUUUCUGUUGCUAUGGAGACUUCCAAUGGGACUGAGACCUGGUACAAGAGCCUCCAUGCUGUGCUGAAGGCUCUGAACACAACCCUUCACAGUCACUUGCUCUGCCGGCCUGGGCCAGGACCAGGACCAGGGCCAGACAAUCAAACUGAGGAUCGUCAGGCUAGCCUUCCUGGUCGUAAUGACAACUCCUACAUGUAUAUUCUCUUUGUCAUGUUCCUAUUUGCUGUCACUGUGGGCAGUCUCAUCCUGGGAUAUACCCGUUCACGCAAAGUGGACAAACGUAGUGACCCCUAUCAUGUGUAUAUCAAGAACCGUGUGUCUAUGAUCUGAUGUGAGGUGCCUGAGGACAAUGAAAGAUUAUGAUGCCUGAGGAUUGUCUUCUUAGGCCUCCGGAACUCCUCUCGACCCUAUCAAGCCAUGGUGUCUCUAUCUAUAUAAGAUCAACAAGAAAUUGGUGAGAUAGUUAGGUCAUCACCAGGACCAGGGAAGAGAGGCUGAUUGGCCUGGUCUCGUGGAUGAGACAUUUUUCCAGACACAGAUACACAUUAUAAACUUGGAGCCCAUGAACACAUAUAUAGAAGUAUGGACAACCAGCGAGUAGAGGAGGAAGCUGUGGUGAAGGGAAAUGGGACAGGAAGAUGCUCUGGAUAUAUAAUUGUUUAAUGUAUGAUCUUCAACUGAGAAACCUUGAUAAAACUGAGAAUGC